AUGGAUUCGGAUUGUCUAUCCGACUACGCGGUGUCCUCCUAUUGCUCCUCUCCCCAAGACCUUCUCUCCCCUCCGCCAGAGCCAAACCCCGACUUCAAGAUGCUUGUCGCCAUCGAGCCAGAGCGUCUGGGACCAGGUGUUCCGAGCCUCCCAUCGACCAGAGAAGAGCUAGAGAAGAUAGAGUUGCACAUCCCAGAAGCGCAUCGCCUUGUCACUCGCGUAGGGUCAGCGGGCAGCCCUGCCACCUCGAUCUUGGAAGACAUCAAUACUGCCUCCAUCGUCCAUUUCGGCUGCCAUGGAAUGCAAGACACCUCGAAUCCACUUGCGAGCUGCCUCCUUCUGAGUGGAGGAGAAUUGACGAUGUCUUCUCUCAUCCGCAACUGUCGACCCUCGACGGCUGCUCUUGCCUACCUGAGUGCCUGCGAAACUGCGAUGGGGGAUCGACAACGCCCUGACGAAUCUCUUACUCUGGCUGCUACAAUGCAGUUUGCCGGUUUCCGGAGCGUGGUUGCAACGAUGUGGUCCAUCCACGACCAGGAUGCUCCCAUCGUGGCAGAUGCUUUCUACCGCCAUCUAUUCCGCCACGGCAAAGCCUCCCCACCCGAUAUAACAGACGCGGCGUUCGGACUGCAUCUUGCUGUAAAGGAGUUGCGUGAGCUCGGAAGGCCUUUCCACCAAUGGGUUCCUUUCGUUCAUCACGGUAUUUGA